UUCCACGUGAGUCCCACGUCCCCUAUGCCCGACGCCGCGAUUAUUUCGGACUCCUAUUCUAGAGCCUUCACAGCGAGACUUCCGUAAGCAGCGGCCAAGCCAGCUAUAAAUUUGGCCUGUCGCCGCACGCUUUCCUACCCUGCCCCACUCCCUGCGUCUUCUUCUUACUGGCAAUCGACAACCGGCACCAUGGCGUCUCAAGUCGCUGCCCAGGCCUCGAUUCAAUCGACACAUCCCUUUACGUGCAACACCUGCCAGGUCGCCUUCCGAUCCAGCGAGCUGCAGAGGGCCCAUAUGCAAACCGACUGGCAUCGGUACAACCUCAAGCGCCGGGUAGCCACGCUUCCUCCAAUUUCCUCCGACAUCUUCACCGACAAAGUCCUCGCGAACAAGGCCUCUGCCGCCGCCACCGCUGCGAGGGCGUCCUUCGAGAAGUCGUGCCCCGCGUGCCAGAAGACGUACUACAGCGAGAACGCGUACAAUAACCACUUGAACAGUCAGAAACACAGGAGCAAUGCCGCUAGGGCCGGCAGCGGUCAUCUUGAUGACUCUGCCUCGGUGACGGGGUCCGUGAUGAGCUCGGCCGUCUUCUCGUUGGGAGAGUCCAUGGCGGAAGCUGACCUCAAUGGCAUCGACCACGAGGCCGAAAAGGAGUUCUCCGAGGUGGUGGAUAGCAUGAAGAACACGAGCAAAGAGCCAAAGGAGCCUCUUACUACGAACGGCAGCCCCCACAACGACGACAAGGAAUCCGUAGCUUCGUCCACGAAGCCUAGGGCCGACCCGCUCCUCGACUGUCUCUUCUGCAAUUACAAGUCUCCGAGCUUUUCGCUCAACGUCCAUCACAUGGGCCAAUUCCACGGCAUGUUCAUCCCAGAGAAGGAUUUCUUAGUAGAGCCAGAAAAUCUCGUUAAAUACCUACAUCGGAAGAUCCAUGAGCAUCACCAAUGUCUAAAGUGUCACAAGGCCGUCCACUCGGCGUCUGGCAUCCAGACACAUAUGCGCGAUCGCGGCCACUGCAUGAUUGGCUAUGAGUCGGAGGCUGAGCUUGUCGAGAUUGGUCAAUUCUACGAUUUCCGGAGCUCCUACCCAGAUGCGGACGAGUUCGAGGCUAUGGAAGAGGAAGCCGAGGAUGACUCAGACGAUUCAACUUCAACUGCCAGCGGAGGAGUCAAAUUGGGAGCGCCUAGAAAGGCUGUCACUACCACGGAGGAUGACGCUGUAAUGUCUGGCGAUGAAGAUGAUGAGGGCUGGGAGACCGAUAGCACUGUGUCCAGCGUUCCCACAGACGAGAUUACCGCAGUGCCCAUUGACCGCUCUCAUCGCCACAAGUUCCUUUCAAAAUCUCGGCAUCACGCUCAUGGAGACCCUCGACCGCACCGCAAUGCAGAUGGCUUCCAUUCUCACGCACAUUCUACGCCGGUCGCCGUUUAUCAUGACGACUAUGAGCUUCAUCUUCCCUCUGGCCGCACAGCUGGUCAUAGAUCGCUGAACAAGUACUAUCGCCAGAACCUGCGGAAUUACCCUGGCGUCGCCGAGCGUAUGGAGAGCCAGCGCAUGAUCACUGCAGCGACAUCGGAUUCUGACGGAGACGUCAAUAUGGAGCGCGAUGAUGCGGACCGUGGCCGCGGCCGACAGCAGCUUAUCACCCGGGCGAAUGGCGGACUAGGCAUGGUUGGCGUCAGUGAUGCCAAGAAGUCAGAGAUACGUGCCGUGGAGAAGCGGGAGCAGAAGAGAGCGCAGCGUGCCAGGACGAAAUAUCAGGCCGGCAACGAAAAGCGCGCCAACUUCCAGAAGCACUUCCGAGACCCUCUAUUGCAGUGA